CUACUUGGUGAAGUGAGAUUCAGACUGAGUGGGGUCACAGCACAGGGCACUGUCUUGCCUGGCUUUAUCUGAACCAAUCAUACCUCUCCUGGCCACUAUCUGUGGUCUAGCCCCCUUUGUGCAGGAAGAGAAAGAAGAGCCUUGAGGACCAGCCUAGCCAGCCUGAAGAAAUGUCAACAAUUGGGAGUUUUGAAGGAUUCCAGGCUGUGUCUCUGAAGCAAGAGGGAGAUGACCAACCCUCUGAGACUGACCACCUAUCGAUGGAGGAAGAGGACCCGAUGCCAAGACAGAUUUCAAGACAGUCAAGUGUGACCGAAUCAACUCUUUGCCCCAAUCCUUAUCAUCAUCCUUAUAUCUCACGGAAGUACUUUGCUACACGGCCGGGGGCCAUUGAGACCGCCAUGGAAGACUUGAAAGGUCACGUAGCUGAGACUUCUGGAGAGACCGUUCAAGGCUUCUGGCUCUUGACAAAGAUAGACCACUGGAACAAUGAGAAGGAGAGAAUUCUGCUGGUCACAGACAAGACUCUCUUGAUCUGCAAAUAUGACUUCAUCAUGCUCAGUUGUGUGCAGCUGCAGCGGAUUCCUCUGAGCGCUGUCUAUCGCAUCUGCCUGGGCAAGUUUACCUUCCCUGGGAUGUCCCUGGACAAGAGACAAGGAGAAGGCCUUAGGAUCUACUGGGGGAGUCCGGAGGAGCAGUCCCUUCUGUCCCGCUGGAACCCAUGGUCCACUGAAGUUCCUUAUGCUACUUUCACCGAGCACCCUAUGAAAUACACCAGUGAGAAAUUCCUUGAAAUUUGCAAGUUGUCUGGGUUCAUGUCUAAACUUGUUCCAGCUAUCCAGAAUGCCCACAAGAAUUCAACUGGAUCUGGAAGAGGAAAGAAACUGAUGGUGUUAACUGAACCCAUUUUGAUUGAGACCUACACAGGGCUGAUGUCAUUCAUUGGAAACCGCAACAAACUUGGCUAUUCCCUUGCCCGUGGGAGUAUUGGUUUUUGAGAGUCUUUUUGGUACCAUAAGUGUAUCAUCCAUAGAUAUGUCACUUUGAAAAUUCCAUUAUGACCCACCCUAUUUUUGGACUGAAACAAUUAAUUAUUUUUAAAUAAUGCUUCAUGAUUUUGAAAUUUAGUAUUUCUGAAAAUUUAAAAGCUUGAUUGGACUGAUAGAUACACACUUUAGGCCUCAUACAAGAAUAACCAAAUUUUCUUAAAACUAGAAAACAAAUGCUGCUGAGCCUAUCAAAUACUGUUAUUAAAUGAGUGCCUGAUCAUCAACUCAGGAAAGAAGACUCUUUAAGUCCUGUUGCUUCAGCUCUCUAAAUGUAGGCUUUUUUUUUUUUUUUUAGGUCUUGGUCUUCAGCCCUCUUAUCCUGAUUUAUUCUCUCAUUGGGGUCUCACUGUCUCUAGUAUUUUAGCUACCACUUGAUAAGGAUGACUUCCAAAUUUAUAUUCCCAUUCCCAAGAUUUAUUCCAAGAUUCAGUUUUGCAUUUCUGACUGCUAAUCAUCUAUAUAUCAGUGUCCCAGUGGCCUCUUAAUUGAGAAUUAUCAAAAUCCUGGAUUUCUCUGUGGCAUUUAUAUGGUCCCAGUUAUCCAUCCCUGAAGUCUGUCAAUUUUGAUUUCUCUGAAUUCCUUGCCAUGACAUCCUAUAUACAAUCACAUCUCUAUAUGGCUUAGCAUUGUAUUCCAAUGCCCAGAUGUCAAACUUGAAGCUCAUUCUCUCAUCAAAAUUGUUCAUAUAUUCCUCCUUUCCAUUCUUAUAGCUGUAUUAUUAGAUCAGGUUUUAAUUCUGCUCAACCAAUUAUUACCACAGCCUGUUAAAUGGAAUCCCUAUUCCAAGGCUGACUGUUUGAAUCUAUCCUACACUUGGUUUCUAGCUCACUUACUUGUGCCAUCUUUUGUUCAAAUAUGUAUUUUUUAAUAACAGACCUUUUUCUUCUAAUGAAAUCUUUUGUAGAAGCAGAAUAUACGAAGCAGAUAAAAGUAGGAUCACUGUGGUUGGAGUGAAGAUGAGAAUGCCACAGGCAUCUUUCUUUCUAGGCCUCAGAGGUGCUGCAUAUGGAAUGUCCAUGAAUCGCAGAGAGUUUUGAAUGUUUUCGAAAACACUGUCUUAACACUCUAUUCUCAUUGCUCUUUUCCCUCUUAUUUCCUCUUUGUCUCUUCCCGACUUAGAUCUAAUUUUCAACAACCCAGGAAAUUAUCUCAUAUGUUUGCAUCUCUCAAGUUUCUUUUCUUUUUUCUUUCAGAAUCUUAUUUUAUCUAAAUUUAUUUAGAAAAAAAAGCUUUGAAUGUUGACUACAGAGACAUUACUACAAUAAGCUUUUUGCCUUUCCCAAGACUCAAAAUUGAUACAUCUUGGUUGAUGUUUAAGUUGAAAUUCCAGCCAACUUUUUUUUUUACUUUAAUGUGAAGUUUAAAGUCUUUUCUUUGAAAAGCUUGCUUCCUCAAUUUCGAAGAUUUGUCCUCUGGUAUAUUUAUAAACAUCAAUUUAAUGUGGGCAUUCAAACCCCAAACCUUGAAUAACUCUCAUUUUAUUUUGUCUUUGCUUACUUCCAUUAAUUUUUUUUCUUUCCCUCUCUUCCGCCUUUACAGCACCCACUUUUUCUUCCCCCCAUGAUGGCAAAUAUUGUUAUAGUCCCCAAGGCAGGGAACUUCUAUUCAGACUGUAAAAGGAAAUGUUGAAAUCCAUAGCUGUCCUGUCAACAGUAGUGGAAUGAAAAGUCGUUGGAUUGUUUUGGCACUGGUUCUGAAGCAGGCAUAAUUGGCAAAUUAUUAUAAUACUGCUGCCCGAAAAUCCCCAUUUGCCUCAAGAUAGUGGCAUUUAUUGGCAGAAGCCUCUGAAAUGUCCAGCACAUUCUUUUGAGUUACCAUUUAAGGAUCAGCCUGACAAUCGACUUCUCUCUGCACAUUUGUCCCCUUUGUAACUUAAGCCAGACUGUUCCCAAAUGACCUUCUAAAGGACACAGUGCACCAUCAUCAAUGGAAACAGUUCAGAAAGGAUGACAGGAGGGAGAUAUUUCUUAGUUCUGAGAGCCAGUCUGUAACAAUGGGAUAAGCAUUUAACGGAAUCAAAGUUGUUUUGCGUAAAGAGUGAACUCAGAGAUGACAUGAGGGUCUUUCUGAAUUCCCUUCACAUUUUGUAAAAACUGUCAUAUAUAGGAUAUCCCCUUAAUUGAUAAAUGGGAUCUAGAAAGCAGUAUUAUGACCAGAGGGUGAGAAGAUUUAGGAAUUUUGAUAGCAGUUCAAGAUAAGAAAGAACUUCUUAUAGUUAUAAAUUUUCAAUGAUGGAAUGGGUUGCUUCUUUAAACAGUGAGCCCACCAUCACUUGAUAUGUUCAAGGAAAGACUAGAGAAAGCAGAUAUUGUGAGAGGAAUUGCUGUAUGGUACCAUUUGGAGAAAUGAUUGACAUAAUCUUUUAAGGCCAGUGACCCUAUCAUUUUCCAAAUAAUUGUUGCUAGUACUUAGUUAAUUACACCCAGUUUUUCUUAGGAAAGAGUCGGAUCAAUCAUGGGAGACCCUGAAAAAUUUCCUUAACUUUCCUAAGGUUUAAUUUCUUCUUCUGCAAAACGGAGACAAUUAUAUUACUUUUGCUUAUUUCAUAAAGAUCUUGUGAGUAUUCAAUGAAAUGAGGUUAAAUUCUUUUAUUAAACAGAAAGUUUUUGAGUAUUUGCCUAGAGAGUGAUGUGACUUUUGCAGCAGAAAGUGGGAAAACAUCCAAGGGAACUAAAUUUCCUCCAGAAAUUGUUUCUUCGUUACCAUGGACCUACUGAUUAUGGUUUUCUCAUUUUACACUUGGUGUUCUUACUUGGGAUCUUUGUCCUUAAACUCAAUAGGGAGCCACAACCCAGGGGACCUAUAUGUACACUUGGAGUUUUUUAUCAGACUAUCAUUUGAACUUACCACUACAGUUUAGCAAAUGGCAUGAUGAGUUUGAUUGAUAAUAGGAGUAGACACAAGAUACAUUAAGUACAGUACAAAGCAUUUCAUAACCAAAAUGUCAUGGUUGGAGGUCUUCAUUAUAUGAUCUUUAUCUCAUUCAGGAAUUUCCACUUGAAAAAUCUCUGAUAAGCUUUAUUUCAGAAACUGCUUGAACAGCUCCACUGACAAAUGCCUCACUAUCUUCUGAUGUAUCGUAGGCAGUUCUGAGGGUGAGAAAGUUCAAAGCAGAUAGAUGUUUUAACACAACAGGAGGAGUUUUAAACAAUCACCAGGACUCACUCCUCGGUGGUCAAUUGGGCCUGUUUGGAGGUCUGACCUUUGGUCAUCUUAAGGUCAUCUAAGGCAGAAAAGAGAAGCUCACUUAUAAGUUGGCACUUUUGAGUCAUUUGCCUUGAGGUCCAUUUUUUAUUGAGCCUUUGUUGAAACCUUCUUAGGAAGCCAAUUUAUAGAGUUCUGGUGAUAAGAAGGCAGAAAAACCAUGUAAAUUCAGUGCUUUUAUUUCACAGAAAAUGAAGCAAAGGCCUAGAAACUAGAAAGACAUUUCUCAAAAAGAAGAUGGUGAAUUUUUGGAAAUACUGAGAUUAGACUACAUUUUCCAAUUUCUAUCCCUAGCCCACGGCUCUUUCCAAUAUAAUAUCUGUAUUCCAUGGGAAAGACAUGCCAUCUGAAUUGAUGCAUCAUAGUUGUUGAGAUAAUUUUGAAGUGAGAAAACAAAAGGGCACAGUCGUUUGGGAAGAAUUUCCAGAAAUUGCCAUCAUUUUCUUAAAGGCUAAGGACACUCAUAGAGCUCUCCGAUUUCCUAUCUGAUAAAAAAAGCCCAAACAAAGCUGCGGAAGCUGGCAGACCCAGCAGAUAUUUUGUAAGGCAGCUUCACCUCUGCUGGCAUUUUGUGGGGCAGGAGAGGGGGAGGGCAAAAGUAUUAAAUUUAGGCUUAAAAGCUCCUCAGAAAUUCUUUACACACAAGAGACCAAGUUGGAGAAAAGAAGAUGACUUGUGCCAAGGGGAAGAAAGAGAGAGACUAAUGCCUGUGGUUUUCAAAGGUUAACAACAACAUAAAAAAGCCAAGGUAUUUGCACAGGGAUGAAUGCUCAUUGGCUCUUGGCCAACAAUUAUACAAGGGCUUGUGCCCACAUCCUGUAGCUGUGGUUUAGGGACGCUGCUCAUGAGUGACUUCUUAUGCUUAGUGGCAGGAAACUUUAGUCACUGAUGUGUAAACUCACCUUUGGUCUGCACCUCCCACAACGUGCUCCGAAAGCAGUUAGGGGACUAGGCCUCUUGAUUUCCUUGUAGAUACCAGUUCCCCAGAAGCUAAGGAAAAACUCUGUUUGAGGCCUUGGAGUUACUGAGAGUUGACCAAUACUUGUCUUAUUCUACCUGAUUUUGGCAACUGCUUAGGAUAAUUCUGUAUCCACAAAAAGGAAUUAUGAUAUCCUCUGCUAAACCCUCUCUUUAGCCUCGAAGCCCAAGACCAAAAACAAUGAGCCAUAUUUCAUUGCCGGCCUGCAGCCAAUGUGAAAUAUGAGGAAUAAAGUCAUGAGACUGCUUCUCAACCUA